GCCUCCCCUUUCAUUCUAACAGCAGUCACAACAGUUAUCUCUCAUUUCAGAAGAGAGAGAGCCAUGUGUGGAAUACUAGCAGUUUUUGGUUGCAUUGAUAACUCUCAGGCCAAGCGUUCCCGAAUCAUCGAACUUUCCAGAAGAUUACGCCACAGAGGACCUGAUUGGAGUGGAUUGCAUAGCCAUGAUGACUGCUAUCUUGCUCAUCAACGGUUGGCAAUAGUAGACCCAACUUCUGGAGAUCAGCCACUUUACAACGAGGACAAGACCAUUGUUGUCGCGGUUAACGGGGAGAUAUACAACCAUAGAGAAUUACGGGAAAAGCUGAAGUCCCACCAGUUUCGAACUGGCAGUGACUGUGAAGUUAUUGCACAUCUUUAUGAAGACUAUGGAGAAGACUUCGUUCACAUGUUGGAUGGAAUGUUCUCCUUUGUGCUUCUUGACACCCGUGAUAAAAGUUUCAUUGCUGCUCGGGAUGCAAUUGGCAUUACACCCCUUUAUAUGGGAUGGUGUCUUGAUGGGUCUGUAUGGUUUUCUUCAGAGAUGAAAGCCUUAAGCGAUGACUGUGAACGAUUUGUUAGUUUCCUUCCCGGUCACAUUUAUUCAAGCAAAAAUGGAGGACUCAGAAGAUGGUACAACCCACCAUGGUACUCAGAAACCAUUCCCUCUACUCCAUAUGAUCACCUUGUCUUACGGAAAGCUUUUGAGAAGGCUGUAGUCAAGCGACUUAUGACGGAUGUACCAUUUGGUGUGCUUCUGUCAGGCGGACUAGAUUCUUCACUUGUUGCUGCAGUGGCCAACAGGUAUUUGGCUGAUACUGAAGCUGCGCGACAAUGGGGAUCACAGUUGCAUACCUUUUGCGUAGGCUUGAAGGAUUCUCCUGAUCUGAAAGCUGCCAGAGAGGUGGCAGACUACCUUGGAACUCGUCACCAUGAGUUUCACUUUACUGUGCAGGAAGGAAUUGAUGCACUAGAUGAAGUCAUUUAUCACGUUGAAACAUAUGAUGUGACCACUAUCAGAGCCAGUACACCAAUGUUUCUCAUGUCUCGGAAGAUAAAGUCCUUGGGUGUGAAAAUGGUUCUAUCUGGUGAAGGUUCUGAUGAAAUUUUUGGCGGUUAUUUAUAUUUCCACAAGGCACCCAAUAAAGAGGAGUUUCACCAAGAAACUUGUAGAAAGAUUAAAGCACUUCAUCUUUAUGAUUGCUUGAGGGCCAACAAAUCUACUUCAGCUUGGGGUGUUGAAGCUCGUGUACCUUUCUUGGAUAAAGAAUUUAUCAAUGUUGCGAUGAACAUUGAUCCGGAGUGGAAAAUGAUAAGACCUGAUCUCGGAAGAAUAGAAAAGUGGGUUCUACGCAAUGCUUUUGACGAUGAUCAGAAUCCUUAUCUGCCAAAGCAUAUCUUGUAUAGGCAGAAGGAACAGUUCAGUGAUGGAGUUGGCUACAGUUGGAUUGAUGGUUUGAAGGAUCACGCAAGCAGUCUGGUUUCUGAUUCAAUGUUAGCGAAUGCAAGUUUCGUUUACCCGCAUAACACACCCACGACAAAGGAAGGAUACUACUAUAGAACUAUUUUUGAGCGAUAUUUCCCCAAGAAUGCUGCGAGGGAAACAGUUCCAGGUGGUCCAAGUGUGGCAUGCAGCACUGCAAAAGCAGUAGAAUGGGACGCAGCUUGGUCCAAGAAUCUAGAUCCAUCUGGUCGAGCUGCACUUGGUGUUCAUGCAGCUGCUUAUGAGGAUGCAUCAGAGGUUAAAACCACAGUCGCAACAGAUACCCCUCAGAAACUUGAAGUUGAUAAAGCUGCAGUAGCUGUUUGAUUGUAUAUCCUCAUUCGCGCUGGGAAGUUCAUCCUGGUGUAACAUAUCGAAAACAUGACUUGUUCUUACUGUCAAUUUAUUUAACUUCUUUCACGAGUUUGAAUUCUUCGGUUUUAUUCCCUGUGGGUUUCUCUUUUUUUUUUUUUUUUGGUUGUAGAUACCCUGUUUCUCAGUUACCCGAGUUUAUUCUACUAGAAGAAAUAUGCAUGAAUUGUGACAAAUA